AUGCCAGGUUCUUCUAGCAUGACCGGUGUUGUUGAAAGACGAAACAAAACACUUAAUGACAUGAUAAGGAGUAUGAUUAGUCAUUCCACUUUGCCUAAAUCUCUCUGUGGAGAAGCAUUAAAGAUUGCAGUUUAUACUCCUAAUAGAGUUCCAAAUAUCUUCACUGUUGUUAAUGUCAUGUCUCAUUCUAUUUCUUUAAUAUGCAGGAUUGUUUUCUUUCCACUGUGGCUAUUUCAUGCCGUUGUUGCCCGAGGAAGAUUCUCUCUACCCGCUCCCUCUGUUCCACAUGAUCGCAAUUGGGCACCAUGCCAUGCUGUUGUUGCUGCGCCGUUUCUUGUUGCAUUUGAACUGCUUCUUUGUAUACAUCUAGAGAGCGCAUAUGUCAAUCAUUCUGCUGCAGUGAACUUGAAAAUUGUCUUCCUUCCUUUGUUGGCAUUUGAGGUCAUUGUCCUCAUUGACAAUUUUAGAAUGUGCAAGGCUUUAUUACCUGGAGAUAAUGAAAGCAUGAGUGAGGAGGCAAUAUGGGAAACUCUUCCUCACUUCUGGGUGGCGAUCUCCAUGAUUUUCUUUCUUACUGCUACAGUGUUCACCGUCCUGAAGCUGUGUGGUGAUAUUGUUGCCUUUGGCUGGUGGGACUUGUUCAUAAAUUAUGGUAUUGCAGAGUGCUUUUCUUUUCUUGUCUGUACAAAAUGGUCUAAUCCAGUGAUUCAUAGAAAUUCUCUUACAAGAGAAGCAAGUUCGUCAUCAACUGCUAUUAGAUAUCUAGACUGGAACAGUGGCUUGGUGGUAUCUUUAGAGGAUCAGUCUCGGAAUAGAAUGUGUGGCAUGCAAGACAUUGGUGGCCACAUUAUGAAAAUUCCAAUAAUUGGUUUUCAAGUCCUCCUUUGUAUGCACCUUGAGGGAACACCACCAGGUGCUAGACACAUUCCUCUUCGAAUUCUCUUUUCUCCUAUUUUUGUACUGCAAGCAGCUGGGCUUAUGUUUGCUGCAUCAAGAUUAGUAGAGACAAUUGUUCUUUUACUACAAAGUGAAGCUGGUAGAGGAAGAUAUUAUACACACUCUUCGAGAGUUUGUGAUUGCUUUGCAUUCUUGCACCAUGGCUCCAGGCUGCUUGGCUGGUGGUCGUUAGAUGAAGCAAGUCAAGAAGAACAGGCACGCCUCUUCCAUGACGGUGUCUCAGGUUAUAACACAUUUUGUGGUUAUCCUCCCGAUAUAGUGAAGAAACUGCCGAAGAAAGAUCUCGCUGAGGAGGUUUGGAAACUUCAAGCUGCUCUCGGUGAGCAAAUGGAAAUUACUAAAUUCAACCAACAGGAGUAUGAAAGACUACAACAUGAAAAAGUUCUAUGUAGAUUAUGUUUCGAGGGAGAGAUUAGCCUAGUUCUUCUUCCAUGUAGGCACCGCAUUCUGUGCAGUAACUGCUCUGAUAAAUGUAAGAAAUGUCCGAUUUGUCGUGUCUCCAUCGAGGAAUGCUUAUCUGUAUAUGAUGUAUAGACAGACUUGUGUAAUGUAUUUGACUCACUUUGCUUUGAUAGUACUAACAUAAGCUAAUUUUCUUUCCUUCGCUAAAUAUAUGAGGAAGAAAGCCUUUACUAUAAUUUCUUUGGUUCCAGUGUUGGUAUUUCUGGUACAAAGGCAAAAUGAUAUCUGAUGUUGAGAGCCUAAGAGGUGUUUUAAAAUGGUCCUUAUUAUGGCUCUUGCUCUGUUGUAAUUUCUAGACGAGGUUGGCAAUUGAAAUUCUUGAAAAUGUGUACACUUGGAACUUCAUUGAUGCUGACUGGUCCAAGUCCAUCUCUUUCAAAUUUGCUGUUGCUAUUUCGACUGCUGCUUCAAGCUACAUUGAAACUCUCUUUUACAGACUUAGCUGCU